UCAUCAAUAAAUCAAAUAAUCUUUUAAUUAAUUUUUGUGGCUAAUUAAUCUAAUGCCCUCAAAUUCAUUUACUCCGUAGUAUUUAUUUGUAGAUAAAAAACCUUUAAACUUCUCUGUCAUCGAUCGGAUGAUCUUUCAUCUGCAAAGCUUAAAUUCCCAAAGCCCUAGCCCCUACUCUACAUCACAUAACACCUACACUUCUUCCUUUGACAAUUUUACCCUUUCCUUCUGUCAUUCCCAAUACGCCCUCCCAUGCAAAUCCAUGGGCAUUUUAGUCUUUUCAACCCUCCCUCUCCCAUCAGCCGCUAACCUCCAUGUUUUCAGAGUAGCAUAUAUACAUGCAUGCACAUCAUAACAUUUCAACAACCAAAAACAACAUUUCUUAACAAAGAAAAAAAAAAAUGGAGGAAAAUUCUAGAGAGAGAAAUAAUCAUGAUGUUGAUUUUGAUGAUGACGUGGAAGAUCAAGAGGUGGAGGAGAGAUCACCAACAUCAUCAGCAAUAGGAGGGUCAAGAUGGAAUCCAACAAAGGAGCAAAUAGAGAUGUUAGAGAGGAUGUACAGUAAUGAGGGUGUAAGAACUCCAAGUGCGGAGCAGAUACAGCAGAUUACUGCUCGUCUUAGAGUGUACGGUCAUAUUGAAGGAAAGAAUGUUUUCUAUUGGUUUCAAAAUCAUAAGGCUAGACAACGCCAGAAACAAAGACAUGAUCGUUUACUUGCUGCUGCUGCUAAUUCUGCUGCUAAUCAUAAUUUUAAUCAGAUUUCUCCUCGUUUUAUUGGUGCACCACCGCUUCAUUACCACACUAAUCAUGGUGUUAAUAAUGGUCUUAAUCUUAAUACCAGGCCUAUUUUUCCUGCUUCUCAUCCUACUUAUCAUCAUCAUUUUCUUCCUAAUCCUAACGUUAUGUGCAGCCCAUAUUACCAUGUGCCACAAGCCAACCUUGGGUUUUAUAAUCCUCCACAGCAUCACUACAGUGCACCCGCAACACCUGAUAAUGAUCAUCAAGGCAUGAAGAAGGUAUCAUCAAAACCUAGCAUCAGCAACGCAACGAAUCACACUACGACACGUGUUAGUAACAAGGGUGUAGGGGUGCCACCAGGUUCAACACUAAGUGGAUAUUGUGCUGCGAUGAUGAAUGAUAAUAACUCAAAAUCAGUUGAACAUCAUCAUCAAUAUGAUUAUCAAGGGAAUUGCAAGGGAAUGAGAACACUGAAUCUUUUCCCAGUGCAUCCAACUGGAAUAUUGGAGCACAAAUUAAGUAUGCCUUAG